GCCUCCGGCGAAUAAACCGACGCACUUUGUUCCCUCUGGCCCGAUUGUCCGUCCACAACCACCGAGAAGUACAUAUACGAGCAUAGCGCAACCCCUCCAGCAGCGGCAGCCGCGGCCAGCAGAGUUGGACGGCGCGUCGAAUCAAAGCAGCGCAACAGUCCUGCGGUAAGCGGACACCGCCGCGGUUGUUCGCGAGUCGGAACGUAUACUAAACAGGAGGAGUCGUCGGCGUCCAAGGAGGAGAUACUCGCGCCAGUGUUGCACCUGCACUCGCUCGGCGUGCGUGUGUGCAAACUAUCGUCUAGUGCGGCGCGCGUGCCAUUGUUUUCAAACUUUACCGGCUGCGCCAGUGCUGCGAGGUAUCAUCGGGAGGUUCACCAACAUGAAAUUCAUCGGCACCGUGCUCCUGGCAGUCCUGGCGGUCGCGGUUGGCCUCGCCCAGGCGUACACCUACAACCAACUGCUCGCGGGAAUAGCGCCGUACGUGAGGCAUCAGUCGUGGGUCGCCCAGCCCCUACAGUCGUCCGGGCUGUCGAGUCUCUCCGGGGGCAGGGACCCGCGCUCCAACACCGGGCCGAUUCAGUUCCCGCCAGGACCUCCCGGCAACCCAGCCGACACGAGCGGCGUGAUAGUAGGAGCCAGCGGCUACGGCUUCGUGCCGCCCAACUCAGAUUUUUGGGCCUACUUCUUCAAUUAACCGAGGAGGACAAUGCUGCCGCCGCAAGCGAUAUAUAUAUAUAUAUGCACCGGAGCUUGCGACAGUAAUGGACCAGACGAUCGCGCAACUAAUCGGUACACGCGCCGCUGGACGGUGCGCCGAGAUUAAUUAGGUGAGAUCCGGGCGUGCAUCCUCGAGAGCGAUUUCGUUAAUAUGCACCUCCAUCUCUCGCGGCGGAGAGAAAGCGAGAGCUUGUUUGCCUUUAUUUUUACCCCUCUCUUCGAUCCUCCUGUGCGGUUGUUCACCAAUCGUGUGUACGUGUACAUAUUAGGUACUUUUUAUACGAGCGGGCGCUCACCAGGUGUGUACGUUAACGAUCCGGCAGCAUCGUACACACGGUACGGCCCCCCUUAGGGGUCACCGCGCUGCUACGAUGUAUAGUCACAUUGUUCAUUCAUCAUUGAGUGUAUUCAUUGAUGGCCGAUUUAUUCAUACAGUAUACGUAGUUUAGUCUCCGUAAGUCGACACAUUAUACUGAUUUAUAUUUUUUAUUAUCAUUAUCAAUAUUUUUAUUGUAUACAUAUAUUAAAUCUCAUGCAUGCACACCCCACAGACGUUUUAAUCCUCAAGCGAAUCAAGUUACUUUGAUAAAAUUUUUCAACACUAUAUAUGUAUACGCUACUUUGCAUGUGUCACCUAUAUUUAAUCGCUCGGGCUCUUAAAACAACGAAAAAUGAUGUUUCAUUGCACAAAACCAGUUGUAUAUAUUUAGGACCAACAAAUUUUAUACAUCGAGCCGCAUAUAUACGGAAGCGUAUAAUUUUUUCACAAAUUUAGCAAAUCAAUGCUGUUGGUUGAGUCGUAGGUAGCCGCACAAGUCAGUGUAUACACAAAUGCGUACGUAAUAUACUUACCACAAGUUGAGCCAGCGAACGAGUGCUUACGCGAAUUAUUUUAAAUAUAUAUCGUGUGGCCAACCUUUCAGUUCAGUGCUCGCUGCACGUAAUAUUCACCGGUGUACAACGAAAUGAUAUACCCCAGCAUUGUUGAAUGUUUGAAGGGGGGACAAAAAAAAAAGUAUUGUAUUUCACGUGGAAAUAACUAGUUACCAAACUAUAUGCACCUACUAACAAAUGUUGUGGAAAGAACGCAAUGUGCGCGAGUGUGCGUAUGCGCAUAAAAAAAACACUCUGGUAAUAAUAACGCGUGAGCAACCAUAAGAGCAGAGCAAAAAUAAGGACGUAAUGCGUAUAAAUAUUUCCUUUAACCUUUCCCUCUCCCCUGCCACUUUGUGUUGCGUGCGGAUUUUUACUGUAUACGAGACGAGACACGUGUUAAAUUUGCCAUGGUCAUUGGCACUUGCCGGAGCUGAAAAAACGAGGAGGUUUUUGCGUGUUACUCAAGACACGCUGCUCUUGCUCGAUCGUACACAUCUCACGUACAGGAAUGGUACGAUUGACAAAUAAAUAAUUUUAUGCCGUAAAGUCAUCCUAAUCGGUGCAAUGUACGCUUAUUAGCGUUUAAUGCAAUGCAUAUUAUAUACCCAUUUAAUAUAUAUAUAUAUACGCAUAAGUAUAAAGAUGAUGAGUUAUUUGCCUAUCAGCGUACCUAUUGUAAAAAAAAAAAAAAUGUGUUGAAACGAAUCUCAAUGACCAAGUAUUUUGCAGUUGUAGAAAAAAAAAUUUUUUUUUUUUCUUUGUAAUUUUUAUACAGAUUUCUCAGUACGUUUAAGUAGAUACUUGUUCAUAAGUAUAAAUUUGAUUGAUUAUAGUCUCAAGAGUGGACAAAAAAUUUAAAAUUGAUCUAAAUUUCUUUAGCAUGAGUUACCGUGAACAUGUAACGAAUCAGAGAUGCUGUACAUAUUGUAAUCAAAUUUCAAUGGAAA